UUGAGAAAUUCUCCACACUACAAAAACCAAUUGCCACCCACUCUUUUCCAUUGCAAAAAUAUUCAAGAAAUUAACUUCUUUCUGUUUAGCUCUCUCUUUUCUCUACAUUUUUCUUGUACACAAAAAAUGCUAGGCAAGAAGUUUGGUUCAAUGAAGAAAUUAGUCAAGAAGGCUAAGGUUAUUAGAUCACCUAGUGCUAACUCUAUUCAUCAUAAUCAAUCACAACAUCUUGAAUAUUUGCUUGUUAAGGAUCAUGAUUAUGAUGAUGAUCAAGGGGCUAGUCCAACAAGUGCUAAAUCAUCAAAAAAGAUGGGGACAUUUGCAGUGUAUGUAGGGGAAGAAAGAGAACGAUUCGCAGUGCCAACGAGCUAUCUUUCACAUCCAUUGUUCAAGAUUUUGUUGGAGAAGACAUAUAAUGAGUUUGGUUUUGAGCAAACAAAUGGACUUGUGGUGCCAUGUAGUGUUGCUGCAUUUCAAGAAGUGGUCAAUGCUGUGGAGUGUUGCAAUGGGAAGUUUGAUUUUGGUGGCUUGGUAGAGGAAUUUCUUUAAUUAGGUUGAUAUUUUUCAGGGUUGUGUCUGGCCAUGAUACAAAAGAAUCAGAUUAGUAAGGACGAAUAAUGUUACUUUUAUACCACUUUCUAGUGCGAUGAUAAAUACUACAACAACUAAGUACAACAUUUCAGUCCUGAACAAGUUGAAACCAACUACUUUUCUAGUUAGAGUGAAAAAUAGCAUUUGGUGAAAUAGAUUCAAAAUCAUAUAUUGAGGAGGUAAUUUACAUUUUAAGUCUUAGUUUCAUUUGUACCAAAGAGCUAGUGUAAAUUAAGACACCUUUAAUAUCCUAGGUAAGCUUCCUUUUUCUUUUCCCAUGAGGAGAAAGCAAUUGAGAGAAGUAAUCUUGUUAUUUAUAUUUCUCUUUAAUUAGUGUCA